CCUCCACCUCUCUAGCUUGCUCUACUGAAAAAGAAACACAGAAUACCUGGUCUACCCUGUGGUGCAGGUAGCUACAUUUCACAUGCAGGCUUGAGCCCAGUUGGCGCCUUGAACACACCUGGCAUUAAUAAAGGUGUUUAUGUUGUUGCCCAAAACAAUGAAAGAAACUAGCCCCAGCUCUGAGCCAGAUUUCUUAAACCCUCGCAAAAACUCUGGCAAGGAGUAGACAGAACAUAUCUUCCUUUCCCUGUGUGUGACAAGGAUACAGUGCUGCCCAUGCUGUAAGCAUGGAAAUUCUGUGGAAAGAGCUUUUUUCUUCAGAAUCCCAACUGAUUCCAUCUUGGGAUGUUUGGGACACUCCCUUGUGGGAGUUUUUCUGCCUCCACUCUUAGAAUCACAACAGUUAGGAGUUGGAGCCAUAUGGAAGCUGCUUUGAUGGAAGCUGUGGCAGCUUACUCAAACUCUGUAAACUGAAAGGGUGAAGCAGUGCUCAGGGAUAGUCCUUGAACAAUGGGUAUUCUAUGUACUUCUCAGAGGUUUCCAACAUCUACACACAGAACAUACUGACAUUCUUCUUGGAUUUCCUCUUCCCUAUCAUACCCUGUCCUCCCACUCCUCUUCCUGAGCUGACCCCUCCCCCAGCACAGGAGUACUUAUACCUUUAUUUCAGGAUCUGCUUUAGAGGAAUCCAAACUAAGACAGUGGCGCUGGUGUUAGUGUUCUCAUAAAGUCUCAGUCCUGGCUGACAGAGGCCAUUCUACCUGCCGGGUCUCUUUUAAGUAUCUUCAUGUCCAAGCUUUGAUAUCUCCAAGCAAAGAGGCUUCUUUUCAGUCUGUUUCUACCAUUGUACCUUUUCCUGUUUCUUGUACCCUGAUGUAGCCUCAUCAUGUGGCCUUCUCCUGGUUGAGUUAUGACUCCCCAACAAGGUCAAGAGCUUCUUGUAACUCUGCACUCCCUGUUUUCCCCACGGCCAAACACCAUGCUUUACAAGCUGACUGACAACCUAGUGAGAGCCUGGAGAGUGGAGGAGUGGAGGGUAGGGCCCAAAUCAAAACAUGGGAAAAGGUGGGCUCGGAACUCAGUAAGCAAAGGGCUCAGCAGGGCCAGGAGACUCAAGGCAGGCACAAUUUGGGUCAGCUUCCGUGCCAAGUACUGAGCAGAGAGGCCAGAAAACACAAGUGCUGCAGGAGGAGGACCAGAAGGACUGGGUUCAAGAGGGAGGAGUGACAGGAGCUGAAGUGGGGCCUAGGGUCAGGCUUCAGUAGGUUGCUCCUACCAGCGCCUCCAGGGUACUUUAUCUGCACCCCUUCAGCUUUAUCCUGUUUUCUAGGAAGCAAGUUUCCACAGGCCUGGGCCUGCCAGUGAUGGGAAGGAAUUGUGUGAGGGAGGGGCUCUGGGAAAGGGCCAGGAUGAGCCCCAUCUUGCCCCUCCCCGUUCUCUCCUCACUCUCCACAAUAGUCACAGAAGCUCGGGCCUCAUUGGCUGCUGCUCCACCCUGCAGUGUUCCCAGGUCUCUGGCAGACACAGAACCCUGCCUGCACCCAGCUGACCCCCUGUUGGAGAUGAAGAAUGACGGUCUGCUACAGGCCCCCUGGGAACGAGACGCUGCUGAGCUGGAAGGCUUCACGGGCCACAGGCACUGCCUUCCUGCUUCUGGCCGCGUUGCUAGGACUGCCCGGAAACGGCUUCGUAGUGUGGAGCCUGGCAGGCUGGCGGCCCGCACGGGGACGACCGCUUGCGGCCACGCUCGUGCUGCACCUGGCGCUGGCUGACGGCGCGGUGCUACUGCUCACGCCGAUCUUCGUGGUCUUCCUGGUCGGGCAGACCUGGCCGCUGGGCCAGGCAGGCUGCAAGGCGGUGUACUAUGUGUGCGCGCUCAGUAUGUACGCCAGCGUGCUGCUCACCAGCCUGCUCAGCCUGCAGCGCUGCCUCGCUGUCACCCGCCCCUUCCUUGCGCCCCGGCUGCGCAGCCCGGCCCUGGCCCGCCACCUGUUGUUGGCAGUGUGGCUCGCCGCCCUGCUGCUCGCUGUCCCUGCCGCUGUCUACCGCCACCUCUGGAGUGACCGCGUGUGCCAGCUGUGCCACCCGUCACCGGCCCAUGCUGCCGCCCACCUGAGCCUGGAGACUCUGACUGCCUUCGUGCUUCCUUUUGGGCUGACGCUGGUCUGCUACAGCGUGACUCUGGCGCGGCUGUGGGGCGCCCGUUGGGGCUCCGGAGGGCACGGCCGGUGCGGGCGAGUGGGCCGGCUGGUGAGCGCCAUCGUGCUGGCCUUUGGCUUGCUCUGGGCCCCGUACCACGCAGUAAACCUUCUGCAAGCGAUGGCGGCGCUCGCUCCGCCCGAAGGGGCCUUGGCGAGGCUGGGUGGGGCUGGACAGGCAGCGCGGGCUGGAACCACAGCGUUGGCCUUCUUCAGCUCCAGCGUCAACCCUGUGCUCUACGUGUUCACUGCUGGGGAUCUGCUGCCUCGAGCUGGUCCUGGUUUCCUCAAGCGGCUUUUUGAGGGCUCCUGGGAAACCCGAGGGGGCAGCCGCUCUAGGGAGGGUACCAUGGAGCUCCGAAUUACCCCUCGGUUGAAAGUAGUGGGGCAGGUUGGAAGCAAUGGAGACCCCGGAGGCGGGCUGAAGAGGGGGAGUCAAGAGUGGGAUCCUUGACCCUAAACCCUACACGGGGCCUGCUUUUCCCUAAAAAUUUCUACUGCCCCUGGAAUUCACCACUCUGGAGUAUUUGGGGACCCUUCUCUGAGUACAGUUUGUAGUUGGCUGAGCAGGAUUAUUACACACUUGAGACAGACCCAGGUUCUUCCAAACUGCGGGAUUGCAAGAGUGGAUGACCCAUGUUAAAAAUAUUGGUUUCUUGAAGGUUGGCAUGUGGCCAUGUGCUGGCAUUGCUCACCUGUCUCUGGCAGCUCUUGUGAAAUACACUGGGAAGCCAUUAGAUGAUAGUUUAA